GAGUCCGAAUCCUUCCCCGCCACCCGCGUUGCCGCAGAUUUUGCUAGACAAGAAGCGCGAUGAGUUGCGCCAGAGGAUCACAGAUCUGCAGGACUUUUAUGGCAAGCAGUGCAACGAAACGAAUCCGAAUGUUGGUGAGGAGCAGUGUGGAGGUGGUUCUUGUUCAAUUCUUCCGCAAAAUCAGAAUCAGAGGUACAAAGACCAAGUCUCCUGCGCGAGGAACAACUACAGCGAGAUUCAGGAACAGCUACAGGAGAUGAAAAGGAAGUGCGAAAACCCCACAGACUUUGUUCACACUGGUGGUGCACCAGACGGUCUGCCGUAUCUCGAGGGCGCACCUCACGAGCCCAGUGCAGUCAGUAAUAGUGCCGGUGGACCAUUUCCCCAGCAGUACACCGGAAAUUUCGCCGCGCAGAUGAAUCUCAACGCAGGUGUUGCUGACAAUGGCUGCAGCUCUGCUUUCUAUUUCGAUAACUACACCGCAGGAGCUUGUACUCCGGAAGCCCCCUGUUCUGCCGGUGACGAAGCCCAAGUUGCUGCGGCCUACGCAGCCUAUUGUAGUGGUGGCGGUCGUGGUUCUCGUUCUGGCACGACUUUCGGC